AUAAAAAAUGUUGAUAAAUUUUGUGGAUUUUACGAUGCAAUAUUAUCCCAAUCAAAGCUUGAUUUCGUGCGGUUUAAUUCACCUUUCUUCGAUUUUCUACACAUAGGAAUACUCGGGCAGCAUGGCGUCCACCAGUAGCACCAAGGAAACCAUGUGGUGCCUGGUGGAUCGCAAUGGCACGCACUACAAACUGCCACAGGCCAUGAUCUUCCUGGGACGAGAGGAGUGUGACAUUGCACUAAAGUCCCGGAGUGUUGACAAACGUCAUGCAGUGAUCAGCUUCGACCAUUACGAAAACAAAUUCAAAGUCAAGGAUCUCAGCAGUUUGAACGGGACAUUUGUGAAUGAGAGCCGUAUCCCAGAGCAGGACUAUGUCAACCUCGACCACAUGGAUACCAUCAGAUUUGGAUAUGAUCCUAUGGUAUACCGCAUCGAGAGGAUUGACGAGAGUCCCCAAGUAGAGCGAGUCGAAGACUUGUUGACACAGAAGGAUAAGAUCCCUGUCUGGGCCAAGAGAGAGGAGACGCAUGCACCUGCUAUGGCCGAAUGUCGGGGCUGCAUGGCUGAGCAGUGCAUCAAGCAUACAUGCAAUGCAGACAACAGCCACGAACACAUGCAUUCCCAUGUGGAGCACAACCAUCCCCCUGCUGAGCCAGCCUACAGCAAUUCACCUGGCAACUACGGCUCGUGGCCGCGAUCACGACACAUGAAAGACUUGCAGAUGAAGCCUGCCGUAGACCGAUCAUAUCAUCAGUACACAACGUACCCCGACCAAGAGGAGGUACCACGGAACCCGUCACCAUAUCAAGAUUCGCACAACAACCCGCACACUGCUGCCACAUAUCAUCACCGUUAUAAUGCUGACCCUGUCUACGCUAACCAACAGAUGGGCUUUCUUCCUCACCUUCAACAACAAAUCUACCAGAAUAUUCCAACGACGAUUACGAUGACGCAAUCCCAGCUGCCCCGUCCGAGUGAUUAUGUAAAUUAUAACGUCACACGGCUGGAGGAACCGCCACCUAACACUGCAUAUAGAGAGGUGAAUGAUCCGCAGUACGCCCAAUAUCAACGAGACAUGAGGGGUGUUGAUACAAACAAGCAGCCGUAUGCAGCUGAUUUGAACCAGCAGACGUUCUCGGACGGGAAGCAGACGUACCCAGCUUACCCAACAGACGACACUGGCAACCGGGCCUACAGCAACGGCUCUGCGUACCCCAAGAGUGUAGACGUCAGAGACCUAAAGGAAUUACCUUCAGUACUUCUGCCAGAAAAUCAGAGGAAGGGAAGUAAUGCGAGUACACCAAUGACGCCGGACUCAAUCGGAGGUGGGAGGCAGGAUCGCAGGAGGAGUAUUCCAGACACGUCCACUCAAGAUUCCCCGAGAAAAGCAUGCAACGACGUCGCUACGGGUAACUCCAAAGAUGCUGAACAAACUUUAACUGCAGAACGUGACAGAGCUAGGAAGUUGUCAGCUGAGGGUGAGGGUUUGGAGACGGUUAAGAAGGGUACGCCUCUGUAUGGACAGCCAGCCUGGUGGGGCGAGGAUGAUGCUGAUGAUUACAAGUACCCACACACAGCAUCGAUGAAGGCCAAGUCGCCUGACGCUUCAAGUGCUGAGCGACCAUCGUCCCUCAAACUUGACGAAACAUCUUCAUCCAGACCAUCAGAUAGCGGCAUCGAGCAAUCAACGGAUCGAUCAAAGCCUGAUGAGCGCAGUAUGGCGUUCACGAUAGAUCUUGAUGAUGGCGUUGAGGGGUCGGGCAAGAAAGUCGGCAUGAAUCAGAGCCUGAGUAAAUUCAUGCCAAGUAAAAUUCGGAAGAGUUUCAAGGAGCGUGGGGUGAAGACCCAGAGGAGUAAAGACAAGGGGUCUGAAGACCCAGAGCAAGAAAGGCUUGAGGAUAUCUCCGAGUCGAGCAAGUUGGACAAGAAGGGGCUGAAACGAAGUGGUUACCUCUCUGAUCAACAUUCAACUGCUUCAGAGGAGGAGGCGUCUGCUGUGUGCCGGAGUGAGGCUGCUGCUGCAAAAGACAAAAGACUGAAGGUUUCCAAGAGCACAGUGUCAAGCAAGCCACCCAAGUCCUCCCCUAGACAAGCCAAAACCAAACCUCUUGCAAAGUCAAAGUUAAAGCCAGCCAGUGUUAAACCCGUUGAAGCCCCAAAGGUGGUGCCAGUGGCGGCUGAAGUGGCUUCUAAUCAAGAUGAUAAAAGAGUCGAACGGAAGCUAAGUGGAAGCAAACAAGAACUGCCUACAGAGUACUCUCUGUACAAGGAGGCCAAACAGUUUGAUCUGGAACAGCAAGAAAACGCCACCAAGUCGAAGAAAACGUCAGGAAAGGUUGUGUCGAAGAAAGCACUUGUUGUUGAUGAUACAGACAAUGUGAGUGAGACAGGGACUUAUACUGUUGAGAGUGAAAGUAAGCAGGUUGAAGUGGAACAAGCCAGGUCCGAGAUUGAUGCCAUUUUCGGCGUGGAUGGGGAGAAGUUACCUCGUCCUGCGGAGGAGGGUUUGGACGAUACGGACGUUAGUGAUGAGAAUAUUCUUGAUGAUGAUAUUGGUCGUUUAGAGAGGGAGCGGACAAAGGGUGUUGUUGACGUGGGGGAUAGUAUGGACGCGAUGCUGGGCAGUGCGGUGGAUGAGACUUACGAUGAGGAGAAGGAGAACUAUAAGGUGCCGGUCAACCAGGGCGAAGACGAAAAUAAGAAGCAGUUCGAAGCAGAUGGCAGCGAACCCAAGUGGGUGAGGCAGUGGUCAGCGGCAGACGGUCAGAGACCAGCGAGUCCAGUGGUAGAUGUCAGUGGCAGGAUGGCAACUGUGAUAGUUACUGAUGCAGAUGGUGGUUCAAAGAAACCAACAUCAUUAGAUGAUCUACAGAUCGACUCGAGAACAUUCACAAGGAAGCCUCGAGGUACGGGCAGGAAAUUACCAACAACGCCAGGUGGAUCUACGAUUCCUGAUCCACGAUUUGGUGACGUGUCUGAGCCAAGUACACCAAUGUUACGAGCAGACGAUGCCGGAAAAUCAAAACUAGUUACACUAAGUCAAUCAGAACCGAACACUCCAAACAGAUAUACUGCAGAGUGGUUGCAGACUGCUUCAUCCAACUUGCUGGCGGCUUCGCGCGUGACUGGUGAAAAACAAGGUGAAAAAUCUGCCAAGGAGUCUUUCAACCAGAUGUCGUUAGAACAGGCUGCGGCUGGUUGGUCGAGGGAGGUUGAGAUACGUUUGGCUCACGAUAAAGAAAAAGGACAUACGGUGGAAUAUAAAACUGUCCAAGAGAAAAGCAUGACGAAUUUAUCACGUGAUGGUGAACGACGAUCGCAGGAUCAACAAGUGUAUCAGGAGACGGAGUUUCGGCGCCAUUUUCCAGAGGCUGCGGGGAUUCAGCCUACGGUUUCGCCAGUGUCCCAUGGCCCGUCUGCUAUUAAGUCCAAGGGACUGCCAGCAUUUCGGGCUGUAAAGAGUGAUAUGAGAUUAUCGGAACAGUCGAGUUAUCAGUCGGAGCCGAUUGAUGAAGCUUUGAGACUUGACCUUGAUGAGGAGUCUGGUCGCAGUUUGGAUACAGAAAUACUUCUUAAGGAUACAAAAGACGUUAUGGACAUGCUUGAGGCUAGAGUCCAGGCAAAGAGGUCGCCACAGGUUCGGCGGAAAAAGUCCCAGGAUUAUGAUUCUGAAACAGACAUGUCCAGUAUGACUGGGGCUGUGGAUUACAAGGAUAGGGCUGCAAACAAACCACAGUUAGGUAAAUCUCAGUCGCUGAGUAAAAGUGUGGAACUACCGACGAAGAAACCUUGGCAGCAACUGUCGCCAAAACCCCAGCGCAAAAAGAGCAAGGGGGAGAUGUCAGUCAAGGAAAAAGUUCUCCGACAUCUUUCUGGUUCACAGAAAAUGGCUGACUAUAAGAGGGGCAGUUUGCCAGGGAAUAUUGACCCUUCAAGUAUGGCCCAAUUUCGUGAUGGGGACUCUAUUUCUGAGGCGGGGAGUAUGAUCAGUGGACGUUCUGAUACGAGUGAGAAAAGUGAUCUUAGUCAUACUGCUAGUGUUGGAGGCUUCAGGAGGUCAGGGUCAAAGGGAAAGGGAGCUGUGCCCAUGUCAAUGACCAGACCAAAUCGGGCAUUUGCACUCCGUCGUGCUAGGUUGGGAAGUUGUGAAGAUCUUGCUUCUCCAAGAUCUGAGACAACAGUGACGUCACAGUCUGGCUCUAGCACGAAACGGAGUUCGUCAACUGUGGGGAGUUCCGGAAAUGCAGUCAAGAAAAGUGGUGUUGGUGCUAGUACCAAAGAUCGGAAUAAAGCUCGGCCGACUUCAGCCUCUAGUGCUACUCCGAGAAGUAAUGCUAGUCUUGGCACGAAAAUUGUGCAAAAAAGUCGUGACAAUUCGCGUAGUGAUCAAAACUUUGCUAGAAAUGAUGGUGGUCGCCAUAGUUUACGAUCGACUCGUAGUAACUCACUACAGGAAAGAGACGGUACUGAUCUGAAGGCACUAAAAUCAAAACUGAACGCAUCGCGCAGUUCAACAUCUUUGGUGGUCUCUGGUAAAAGCACAGGAUCUGGUUCUGUCAGCCAGCCAAACAGCCGAUCAAGCUCUCCAAGGACGUCUGCUGAGAAAACGGCUUGGGAAAGGCGGAAAAAGUAUGACCCACGCCGUGCUGUAGCUGAAGCUAAGGCAAAAAAACAAAAAGAUUCCAAACUGCCACGCUCGACUUCGUACGAACCCCCGCGGGAAAGUGGGCGCAUUAGACGGGAUACAUACAGUUCAUCCAACGAGGAUCUGUCGGCAAGUCUCGAUAGUAUGCGGGAGGACGUCGAGUCUGAUGAAGACGCGUCGACUCAUUCUGAUACGAUAGCUAAGGCGAGUAGUGAGCUGGCCAAAGACUUGCAUGCUCUGGCCUGUAGUGUGGAGUUCCCAGGUCAAGAAGUCGAGGCCCCCUCUGGUGUCGAGUUUAGAACUGCUGACUUGAUAGACAGCAUGUUUCAAACUAGCACCUUUAAGUCCGCAUUUAAAGCACCAUUGUCGCACUCGCCUGCCUCCACUGCGGCAAGCACGACACCGACCGCCAUUGGCAGAUCACAGCGUAGUCGAACAAUCAGGAGUGCGCCACCGUCUAGCCGUAGUAGUCAGGAGAACAAGUCUUAUGACACGUUGAUGGUGUCCUCCAUUCACCAGUUAUCUCACAAGCUGAGGGAAUCAACAGACAGGGUCAUACAUAAGUUAAAGGAAUAUGAGCAGCUGAGUCGGUCACCAUCCCCGGUGGAGGACCUCCUUGGCGAUACAACCAACAGUGACCUGCCGGCCUGGAAAGCUGCAAACCAGGAUCUGGCUUACAUCCUGAAAAACUUGAGAACUGUUGAGCACCAUGUUACUGUGAUCGAUUCAACUCUCUUUCCUGAAUUAGUGACCGAUCGUAGUUCUGCUGUCGACAUCAGUGGUUCUUCUGGAAAUCUGGAAAUGAGGAAAAAGGUCGAUAAAAUUACAGAGGAGAUCGCUGCCUUUAAACCAAUUGAAAAUCCAUCCAGGAGUUCCUCGUGGUCAUCGCAUAAACAGAAGUCAUAUGAAUCAGAAAAUGGAGACUUUAAUGGAGAAGAAUAUUUUUAAGAAUUGGACUCUUUAAUAAGAUUUGUACUUUGAAACUUUGUUUGACUUCAGUUCUAUGGAGUAUGUGGAGGGGACAUGACAUCAAAUCAUCAAAUUGUGUUCGAAUAAGGACCGUUGGGUCAAAUGAAUGCCUGAAUAUGAUUUGGUUACCAUUUGUGUUUAUUUCUCUCAAAUUAUGGACAAGUGGGAGGUCAUUGAGUUUGUUUAGAGAGUCAGCGUAAAAGGAGGGGGGGGGGGUCCUUUUCUGUACUUACUGAAGACAAUAGCAAGCCUGAUGUUAAAACUGUGAAAGCCUUAUGGUUACCAGUUGCUCAUAAUUUGAGGCCAUUGAACACUAUUGGAUGUGCUACAACCCCAAUAGGCGGGUUAUGCCUGAACAAAGCAUUAAGUCUUUCAAACCAACUUAAUAUUACAGUGUUGUGAUAAUCUUGAUUAUACUGUGUCUAAUCUUAGUGUAAUUUUCCCAUCAUAGUCAGAUUUCGUUAUGUUUUAUACAAAUUGGUGCUGAUUCUUCAUAUCACCCCCAGCAGUUGUAAUAAGCCACCCUGAAUACAAUGCAUUUCUUAAUUAUAGGUGGGGAUAUUACAACAUGUCUAGGGGUGUUAGGGCUUAAGUAGAAUAGAUCUGAGUAUUGUAUUGUUGGUUCAAGGGAAAGGGGACUUAUGGAAGAAAAUUGACCUGGACAUUUUGACAAUGCCUGACAAUGCCCCUUGUCUACAUCUGUUGUUCUGGAAAAUUACUUGAUCCAAGCAUAAUAAAUACCGGUACAUACAUGUAGCAAAUUUUUGAAGACUGGGUCUGAAAAGGAAUCUAAGAUGUGUCUAUAUGCUUCUUUCCUGACUUAGGGUUACUAAGUGUACGUCAGCGCUGAUAUUGAACAUGCAGGUAUUAUAAAACUAGUCACAGUCCAUACAUGAAGCACUAGUUGAAGAUGCGCUUUGCAACCUUUUAAUUUGUUUCUAGUUGGAUGUUCAUCAACUGUUUGUCUGUUAUCCAUAACAUCAUCUGCUGUAGUGUCAUGGUUAUUGUUAGGAUUACAAGGUCAAGAUGUGUCGACAUCAGUUCGUGUCUUUUCUGAUUGUGCCAUCUGUGCUGUGGUGGAGCUUGGUUACAGGCAGCCGAAUCGGAGGGUAGGUGCUGAUGGCAUUGAUUGUCAUGUCACUACCUGAGAAUGAGAGAUCAACCUGCAAUGAAGUGUGGUCAGUACUGUCGUCUGACACUGUUUAAAUCCGCUGGUUCGACGCUGCCCCAUGGCCAUGAUGUGUGAUGCUGUGGCCGACACUAAACCCCAUAAGUUGGGCCGAUGAGAGAAAUGCUCCACCACUGGAUGGCACUGAUCUGGAAAGAGACAACUUGAUGUUGGUGAAUUAUGCCUGCGUACAGAAUCAUGUUUACUGUGACAAGUUUGUGACUUAAAUGUGUAAGUGUCUUUCCUGUAUUGAUGUCAUUUAAUGGUGCAUGAUUGUUCAACCUUGCAAGGUGUCUUUCUUGUUCCAAAUUGCUGUGAAGGUUUGCUUCCUGUCUUCAUGCUAUACAGUAUUAUCAGGGACACCUGUUGUGGUUGUGCUGAUAUCAUGUUAGCUCUUAGAAUAAGUGCCAAGGAUGUUAAUAGUGAGAUGAAGAACAUUGAAAUUGACCUUUGCACCACAAAGAAAUACUUGAUGAGUAAUCAAAUUGCUUUAGUCCCUGUUUAUUAAACCAUUGUUAAUUUAUUGACAUGAUGAUUAUGAUCUGAAUGAGACGAGUCAAAAAGGAGAGUGUAGGAAGUACAAUCGCAUUCAUUUCAAUCAAGUUAUUUGCUGUAGAAUGGUAUUUCAUUUUGACAAAAUUGCUAUUGUACUGGACAAUGUACGUACUUCUUGUUGACAAAAUUAAAACCAGGUUUGCCACGUUGAAUACUGUCUUAACAUCGAGGAGUAAGGCAACAUCUGGUGGCCUCUUGCAAUACCAACAAAAUGAUGAGAUGGGAUACCAUCAGAGGGAUAUUAUCUUAUUUGUUCAUGCCUACAAGCGUUUAUUUGUCAUCCUUGUACAGCUUUUAUAUAAAUACUUUAUAUCAAUAAUGUAGCCAUGCUUUUUGUAAAUUCUUGCAAAAUAAAGAAUAUGGCUAUGAACAAA